AUUCCGUAUCCAACCGCUCCGCCUAGCCCACUUCAACCCCUCUCCCACUGGGAAGGACUCGGAGGAGUCGGAGUCGGAGUCGCCCGCUCGCCCUGCCCUUCCUGCUCGUGUCUCCGACCACCUCGUCGCCCGCCUCACUGCUCUUCCAAUGGCCGCGCCCUCCCACUUCCACCUCCUCGUCCGCCCCCAAAUCCUAGCCCUGCCCGCGUCGCGGGCCCUCUCCGCCCGCCGCCUCCGCCCUGUCGCCGCGCUCGGCGGCGGCGGUCUCGCCGACGCCGGCGAGCUGUUCGGCCGUGUUGAGGCGCUCCUAUACACCGUCGCGGACGCCGCCGUCUCCGCGGCCCCGGAGGCCGUUGCCGAGGGCGCCGGUAAGACCAAGGAGGCCGGGGACUGGCUCUCCGGCAUCACCAACUCCAUGGAGACCGUGCUCAAGGUUCUGAAAGAUGGUCUAUCAGCUCUCCAUGUUCCUUAUUCAUAUGGCUUCGCAAUCAUUAUCCUCACUGUCCUUGUUAAGUCAGCUGCAUUCCCUCUUACAAAGAAGCAGGUUGAGUCUGCACUUGCAAUGAGAUCACUCCAACCUCAAGUGAAGGCCAUUCAAGAACGAUAUGCUGGUGAUCAGGAAAGGAUACAGCUUGAAACUGCUCGUUUAUACAAGCUGUCGGGCAUUAACCCACUUGCAGGAUGCUUGCCUACUCUUGUGACUAUACCAGUUUGGAUCGGUCUAUACAGGGCUCUCUCGAAUGUAGCUAAUGAGGGACUUUUGACUGAAGGUUUUUUCUGGAUACCUUCUUUGGCUGGUCCUACAACAAUUGAUGCUCGACAAACAGGCCAGGGAAUAUCCUGGCUUUUUCCUUUCACAGAUGGCCAUCCACCUCUUGGCUGGUCGGACACUCUGGCAUAUCUUGUCCUACCGGUUCUUCUUGUCAUUUCACAAUACAUAUCUGCUCAAAUAAUGCAGCCACCACAGAGCAAUGAUCCUAGCCAACAGAGUGCUCAAGCUGUAACAAAGUUCUUGCCUUUGCUAAUUGGUUAUUUUGCUCUUUCCGUACCUUCUGGGCUAAGUCUAUACUGGCUCACAAAUAAUAUCCUCAGUACUGCACAGCAAGUAUGGCUUCAAAAGCUUGGAGGUGCGAGAAAUCCUGUUAAAGAAUACAUCGACAAACUUUCUAGAGAAGGCUCAACUAAUGUUGGGAAGUACGAAUCUGCUGUUAAGAGUGACUCUCUCCCUAAACCUGGUAAACCCCAACCCAGCCAAGAGCCGAAACCAAGUGGCCCACAACGUGGUGAAAGAUUUAGGAAGCUAAAGGAGGAGGAAUCAAGGAGAAAAGAGCUUCUGGGACAAGCAAAACAAUCAGCACAGUCAAGCACAGAAUCCAGUGCCCUUGAUGGACGACAAAAUUCUGAUGCGUCUGCAGGAAGCAACAAAGAUGAACAGGAAUCUCAUGAAAAUGGAUCGAUCAUAGCUAAUAGCAAUGGUGGACGUAACCAUAGUAGAAAUCAAAGGACUGUGAAUGGAACCACAGAAAAGGAAGCGGCUGACGGUUGUUCCUCAGUAAGCAAACCUGCCUCACCUGACGUCCAAGAGAAUGGAAAUGAUGCAGUGUAGUGAAUGCAAGUUGGUGGCUCUAGCCUUUGUACUGCCUCUGCAUGUUCACUGAAAAUCACUGGUUCUAGCGGAUCUGGUUCUUCAAUGUGCUUACUUAAACUCACCGUACGGACAAUUGUGAGCUACGAGAAUUAGUUUCGCAUCUACAGGAGAGUCGAGUCUAACAGGAAGAUACACCACGAAGCAAAAUUGUUCCAAACCAUGCUCUAGGGCUAGAUUCUUUUUCCUUUUUAGAAUUCUAGAAUUGGGGCUGUAGAUUAUGUGAAGCUUGUAGGUGAAAGGAUUUUGUUCAUCACGUUUAUAUUGUCCAGCUGGGAUGGAUGUAAUGUGGCUGUAAAUGUACAUCCUCGCCUGAUUUUGACCGUAACCAUAUUUGAGUUACACUAUCUAUAACCAUAUUCUUUUAAUUUUA